GCCCUUUGUCUUUUCUUCUCUUCUUCCUCUCCGUCUCACACUCGUGUUUUCUCAUUUCUUUUUUUAUCCUCGGUCAUCACAAUAAUCUUCAUAAUCUUGACUCUUCAUCAAUUUCCAUCACAUCACCAUGUCCAUCACAUAUCGCGAGGCCUGGGGUCUCUUCCAGUUCGAUCAAUCGCCCUCCAUGAUUCACGAUGAUUCUCCCCAUCUCAACCGCACCUCUCGCUCCUCCAGCCACAGCUUCUCUCCAAUUCCCACUCCUGCCUCCACCUGUUCCGAACAGAGCACCUCCAUCCCCAACAAAGAGCUAUUCGUAGAGCUCCGCCGGCUACGACAUGAACUCCAACAGCUACAAAACAACAACGGCGUCGUCGAGGAACCCCGAGAAGCAAUGACCCAGAUGAGCGCCCGGCUGGAUCAGAUCACAUCUGUGCUCCGGUCGGAUCCCUCCGGACGGCCAGCUCAAAACCCUUCCCAGCCCGAGUCAUUCCGCUGCUGGGAGUCGUGCUGCAAAGGACGACUCUUUUCUAAUAAAAGCAACUUGAUCCGACACCAGCGAGAACGACGGGGUGAAACGGCCAAGCUGCGGUGUUCGUUUUGCGAUGCGGUGUUUUCCCGGAGCUCAGCCCGAAACGCCCACGAGGCAGCUCGACGUUGUCGGAACCCGUGAUUUUUUUUUUUUCUUUUUCUUUCUCGCUUUCCUUAUCUCUUUUCUUUCUAUUUCCUAUUUCCUUUUGAAAUCUCUUUUCUCUGGUAGCAAGAUUAGCCCGAUGUUUGAUGUUCUAUAUGGGAGGCGGAUUCUAUUCUUGGAGUUGCAAUCAACGCACCGUUACAUAGACUGCUGCCUAGGCUGGGGCAGAUUACGAUAGAUACGAUUUACGCUGCCAUGUCAGGCUGUUAAUAUAUUUUUAUCACUAUCAUCUAUCUGAGUAGAUAUUCUAUUGAGGUGCAAAGCUCUGUCG